AUGGAUUUUAUGCAUCACGUUGAGGGUAUUAUCAUUCUCAAUGACGUUGGCGGCCGGGUUUUUGCCAAGUAUUACAUCACACCCAACAUGGAGGAACGUGGAGUGUUAAACACUAUUGAGAAGCAGCGUGCGUUGGAAAUGGGCGUCCAUGCCGCGGCCCAUGACCCCAAACGCAGUUGUAGCACAUCCAUGGAUGGUGAUAUUAUGAUUCACGAAGGCCACGCAGUACUGCUGCAAGUGUGUGAAGACGUUACACUUAUGGUGAUCGGAGAUGCCAGUGAGAACGAGCUAGUCUUACACAGCGUUCUCAGGGGUCUCGUAGACGCCCUGCGGCAAGAAUUGAAAAUGUUGGAUCUCAAUCUCCGCACGUUGCUGGAGAAGUAUGAUGCCUUGGUGCUAACAGUGGACGAACUAGUUGACGAGGGCAUCAUACUCGAGACGAAUCCAGCCAACAUCAGUCUGGAUGUUGCUCCGUUCAUUGCGGAGUCCGGCGGCGAAACGGCGCGCAAGGCACUGAACAAGGUCAACAAGUACCUCAAAGAUAAUCUUUAG